UCUACUUGACUAUGACUCAUCACAUAUAAGGAGUUUUGGAGAUAACAGCUGUUGGAUCCUGAGCCAGACGACUGGACUGAGAACAGCCAGCAGAGACUUUAAGAUGGAUCUCGAAGCCAGCAGAACAAUGGAGAUGGCAGCACUCGGCCGGCCAUUCAGUCUUGGUAUGCUGUAUGACUGCCGCCAAGACUCACUCAUCCCUGGCAUGACACUAUGGGACAAAAAUGAUCUGGAAAAAGAAUUGAGAGAAAGUCCAAAACCUAACAGUGAGUUUGAGAUAGUUGCAUCUGAAUCAAUUCAGGAUAAAUCUUCAGCAUUAAAUGUUGAGGCAUCCCUAAAGGCAAGUUUCCUGGGUGGACUGGUAAAGGUUGAAGGAUCAGCUAAAUACCUGAAUGAUCAUAAGACAUCCAAAAAUCAGGCCAGACUAACACUGAACUACAAAACUACCACAAAGUUCCAAGAAUUGUCAAUGAAUCAUCUUGGAAGAGGUAAUGUUAAACAUCCGUAUGUCUUUGAUAAAGGAAUAGCAACACAUGUAGUCACAGGAAUCCUUUAUGGGGCACAAGCUUUCUUUGUCUUUGACCGUGAGGUGUCUGAUAAAGAAAGUCAUCAAGAUAUUCAGGGAAACUUGAAUGUGAUGAUAAAAAAAAUCCCUUGCCUUGCAAUAGAAGGGGAAGGUUCCUUGAAAAUGGAAGAUGAGGACUUAGCAAAAGUUGAGAAAUUCUCCUGCAAAUUUCAUGGAGACUUUUUACUCAAGAAACCACCAACAACCUUUCAGGAUGCUGUACAAGUCUACCAAAGCCUGCCACAACUGCUGGGAACCAAUGGAGAAAAUGCUGUACCAGUGAAAGUCUGGCUGCUGCCACUGGUUAGUUUAGAUUCAUCAGCUGCUAAACUUGUCCGUCAGAUAAGUAUAAGAUUAGUGCAGGAAUGCCAGAGUGUCCUGGAGGACUUCACUGAGCUGGAAAUGAGAUGCAAUGAUGCAAUAAGAACCACCACUGCACAGCAGUUCCCACAGAUUGGUAAAAAACUUAAAACUUUUAAAGAAUUUUGCUCUGAGUUCAAACUAGACUUCCAACGAACCUUGGCAAAGAUACUUCCAUCAAUCCGGGGAGGAGGGGAAGAGGAGACUGUGCUGGCAGAGAUCCUGAAGAAGAGACAUUCUUCUCCUUUCAACAACACAAGCCUGAACGAGUGGAUGGACUGUAAAGAGAGAGAAAACUGCAUCUUAAAAUCAUACACCAAAAUGAUGAAAAACACUAAGAUUGUCCCAUCUCAAUGUCAACUUGAUGAGGAAACUCUCAAUGCAGAACAUGCUGUGUGUUUUGUCUUCACCUCACUGGGAAGUGCUGAACCAUACCUCUCAGCUUUAUCAAACUACUUAAAAGAAAAACCCAAAGCAGACGACCCUCAAGAUCCACAUUGUCAUGACAUAGAGAAGGAACAAUGGUACCUUUCAAACAAUGUAUCAGAUGCAAUGAGGAUCAAAGCAAAGCUGUUCAGUGAUUUUGCAGAGGCCAACAAAGAGAAUAAGAACAUAAAGUUCCUGACAGUGGGUUUAACAAAUGAGACACACAAAGGUUCAAGCAUCUACGUUUAUAAAGACGGCUUUCCUGUCAGUGAGAACUUUGAGCCUCCUUCAAAGCCUGAAACAGUGACAGCAGGUGAUGUAACCCACAACAGUGUGACACUGAAGAUCUCUCCACCAAGAUUUGGAGCAGAGAACAUCACCUCCUACUGUGUAGAGUACUGUGUCAGUGGAGAGGAUGGAUGGAAACAAACACCAGCACCAAAAGCUGAAGAAGUCACAGUGAGUGGUCUGACUACUAACACAGAGUAUAUGUUCAGAUGCAGAGCAGUGACCUCAGUAGGUGUUGGACCAGCUGGUGAAGUCAGUGGUCCCAUUAAAACUUUACCUUGUAGCCCUCCUGGAAAACCUCAAGUUGAAACUAACUCAAGUGAGAUAACAGUUAGCUGGGAGAAACCUGCAGAGAUUGCACAAGAUGUCCACAUUGUGAGCUACAUUGUAGAGUACACCCAAACAGAGAAAGAGGUGAAAGAAGAAGAUGUCCAGUGGAACCAAAUGGUGUCAAGAGCUGAAAAGAGGAUAAUUUCAGAGCUUCAGUCAGAGACAGAAUAUGCUGUCAGGGAGAAGACAUGGACAUAG